AUGUCUUAUCAACAGGCAGGAAGCCACGGAGAGACCUCCUUCCAUGGCCGUACCACAUCCAACAUGUACGCUCAGGGGCAGGCUCGCACUCAUCGCGAGUCCCAAGGGCAAUCGGCUUCCUAUAAUGGUACACCUAUGCCUGGAGGUAACGACAUCAGUGCCAUGAUCAGCUCCCUCGGCGCCUUCAACAUGGCUCCCACUGUCCUCGGUGCUCCUCAGGUCCCAACUCAAUACUUCUACAACCCUGCUGAUCACACCUAUUUGGCUGCUCCCUCUGCCUACCCCGCUCAACCUCUGGCUGCGGCUCAACCUACGGAGAAUCUCCCCUACAGCGCCUACGGAGGGGCUGCCCCCAUGCCAUACUUCGCAGCAGGAGCAUACCCUAGUUACUACUCCGCCAUGCAAUACGUCCCAUACACUCCCAGCCGCGUUUCCAGCUACGCUGAGCAGCUUUACAAGGACGUUCCAGGUCUCGAGAACCGUCGGGGAUCCUACUCCACAACCAACGAGUCUGCCCCCGGCACCCCUCACUACGGCUCCACUCAUCGUGAGGGAGGUACGCACAUCGCUGCGAUUGAUCGCUCCCCAUUUGGAUCCACGCCUUCUCCCCGAGAGCUUCCCGUCCAGCAUGCUGAGCACCAGGCCAAGUCUCUGCCAUACAAGACCAUCCCUAUCAACAUUGAUCUUGAUGCGUUGCUUACUCAACACCCUGCCAUCCCCCGAGCUGUUCCCGCUGUCUUCACUCCUCGUGAGAGCAUGAGAACUCUUGACCAGAGUUUGUCUAACCCAAUUCCUGGAAACCGCAAUGUUUACAUUCGUGGUCUUCACCCCAACACUGAUGAUGAGACUCUUGCCGCCUAUGCGGCUCGCUUUGGCAAGGUUGAGACAUCAAAGGCCAUCAUCGAUACCUCCACUGGGGCCUGCAAAGGUUUCGGCUUCGCCAAGUACUUUGCUGUCCGUGACUCGGAGUUAUGCAUUCGUGGAUUCCACAAGCUUGGCUAUGAGGUCGGAUUUGCUAGGGUACCACACUCUGAGUCCAAAUCUCCAGUCACUGCUCACAUUGGUUCACAGGAGUCGUUCAAUUCUCGCCUGAAGGCUGAGGGUGACGAACAAUCCACCAACCUCUAUGUGUCUAACCUCCCCAAGAAUAUGACUGAGUCUGAACUCGGCGCCAUCUUCAUGGACUACACUGUACAAUCCAGCAGAAUCCUUCGUGAUUCCCAGAACAACAGCCGUGGUGUUGGUUUUGCUCGUUUUGACAACCGCGAUGUCUGUGAGGAGAUCAUCAGAAAGUUCCAUGGCAUGCCUAUUGGCGAAGAGGGUCUUCUUCUCCAGGUCCGCUACGCCGACACCCCUGCUCAGAAGGACCUCAAGCGCAUCACCACCGAGCGUCGCCAAUUCCGAACCAAUGAGUACAAUGUCGGUGCUUAUGGUGGCCCUGUCGAGAUGAUUGCUUUGUCUCCUCCAAUGCACUCUCCAAUCCUCCCUCGGACUACCCAGAUCUCUUCUCACUUUCAUUCCAGAGCCAGUGGUUCAUGGAAGCGUCGUGACAAUAGCUCCUCUGAUUCCGUCGGUGGCUUCAAGGACCUCGACCGCAGCGUCAAGGUCUCUUCUAGCGAGCCUACUCCUAAGCCAAAGGCCGUUAAGCUCGAGACUCCAAGUGUUUCAGACGAUGACUCUGCCGACGAUGGUGUCACGGUCCACAACGACUCUCCUGCUGUCGCCCAUGGGGGUUCUCCUUCCUCUCCAUCCGACCGCAAGUCCUAA